AUGAACUCCCAUUAUCAAGAAGAGACAAAAAGGUCACGAAAAUCUCUUAAUUUCAGUGAAAAUGAGGAGGAAGCGCCGCGGAAGAGGUCCAAAAGCAGCGAACUGAAUACAGAACAAAUUGUUUCAAUAUACGAUCUCGUUGAAGAGUUGCAAGACAAGGAGGAAAAAUUCUACAAUGGAAUCCAGAGACAGCUUGAGGUGUUCCAUAUAUUACAGCAAGCCCGAUAUGAGGAACUUAAGAAGGAUAUCUACAAUAUUAAGCGAAGGUUACCAGGGGAGAAGAUUUUAAAGCCUAAGUAUGAGACUAGCAGACGAGAGUCUUUUAGUGCCGAAAAAAGAUCACUAAAAUCCGAUUUCUCAUGCACUGGGUCUCCUGAACCACAACCUGAGACGGAACGCUCAAGGUCACCAGAAAAAGUCCGUUCACCAAUAAGGAACAGGAAUAAAACAGAGAGCCCAUUCUCGUCCACUAGGGCGGCUUCACUACCACCGCCUUCCCCUUCUCCUCCUCCCACCUCUUCUCUUUCUCCUCCUCCUCGGCUUUCUUCUUCUCCUCAACCUCCGCCUUCUCCUUCUCUACAACCACCGUCUCCCCCGCCUCCUCCACAAUCCGAACGUGCACGCCGGAAACUCCCCAAGAGAAACUAUGAGCCAAAGCUCUCCAUUCCGGGAGAUGAUGGAUUUAUACUUCUACCCCCCAAAUACGACGGUUCUGAUGGCGAAUUCGUUCCCAGCUCAUCUCGCCGAGAUCCUGAUGAUGAGCUUUCUCCCUAUAACUCAUCAACGAAUCAUGCCAAGAAGGGAAAAUCAAAACCUCGGAAAAGCAGUAUCAAAGGCCAAAGAAAGGAGAGCCCCAAAGAACUAGAAUUGAUCAGCAAGAGUAUUGGUACACCUGGUAUUGCAAAGAGAGAGACUUAUCAAAGCAACCUUCUUGGAUAUUGGACGAAAGGGGCGAAAGGUGGCGAACCACACAAAACCGCACCCUCGAAACGUUCAGCUACCAUCUCCCGACCUCCGCCUUCGCCUUCGCCUCCACCUACAUCGCCGCCCCCACCUCCGCCUCUACUAGCGAAGUGGAGAGUUGAAGCCCCCAGGCUGUCGGCUUCAACAAAUUAG